CUCUUUGGAAACGGACACGUUAGGAGAGACUUUAAACAUGGAGACUGCGGAUUCUGGCCCUGGGGAGCCUUCUCCAAGAGAGGCUCCAGGGUCCCAGGACGAUCGGCUCUUCCUGAUUAAAGGUGGAAUUUUCCUUGGUUCUGCUGCAGCAGCGGGAAUGCUAGCCGGAUUUGUCACAACAUUGUCAUUAGCUAAAAAGAAAAGCCCUGAAUGGUUCAAUAAGGGCACCAUGGCCACAGCUGCCAUACCAGAGAGUGGGUCUUCCCUUGCCCUACGAGCCCUGGGCUGGGGCUCUCUUUAUGCCUGGUGUGGGGUCGGAGUUAUCAGCUUCGCAGUCUGGAAAGCUUUGGGAGUUCACAGUAUGAAGGACUUUCGAAGUAAGAUGCAAUCCAUAUUUCCAACAAUUCCCAAGAACUCCGAGUCAGCUGUUAAGUGGGAGGAGGCCCUGGGAUCCAAGUGAGAUGGGCGUGGGCGACUCCAGAGGAACAGCAGCUUCGGAAACACCACAUCGGGAAGGGACUGGGGUGACUCCUCUAGGAACACGUGCAGAUGGCCGUGUACCCAAGGGCCACAGCCAUAGCCAUCUGUCUGCGUCUAUGGUACAGGGAGGGAAUGUUUUCCUCAAGCCAAGACAACGAUUUAAUUGCUGAGAAGUUCCCCUCGAGGAGGAGGGGUCCCAGAGGAACUAUUUCUGUUUAGAGCAAUAAACCGUGUUUCAUAACCACAAA